CUUCAGGUGAUAUUAUAAAUGUUUAUGGAUUCACAGAAGAUCCAAAUACUUCAAAAUAUAAGGUAGUAAUGGAGUAUGCAAAUAAAGGUAAUUUAAGAGAAAAUUUAACAAGAAUAGUCGAAAUUAAUUGGAAUCAAAAAUUAUAUAUGUUGUACAAUAUUAUUUCUGGACUUAGUAAGAUACAUGGAGAAAAACUUAUUCAUUGUGAUUUUCAUGAUGGUAAUAUUUUAAAUCAUAAUGAUAAGAAUAAGGAUAAAAUUUAUAUUAGUGACUUAGGAUUAUGUCAACCUGUAAAAUCGUUUUUGAAAAAGUAUGAUAUUUAUGGUGUUAUACCAUUUAUGGCUCCUGAAGUUUUAAGAGGCAAAUUUUACACUCCAGCUAGUGAUAUAUAUAGUUUUUCUAUGAUUAUGUGGGAAUUUACAUCUGGUUUACCACCAUUUAAUAAUAGAGCACAUGAUAUUCAACUUAGUUUAAGUAUUUGUAAAGGUGAACGUCCUGAAAUUAUUGAAAAUACUCCACAAUGUUAUGUAAAUUUAAUGAAAAAAUGUUGGAAUGAAGAUCCAUUAAAAAGGCCAUCUACUUCAGAAGUGAAAAAAGUUAUUAAGGAUUGGAUUUACCGUCGUCCUGAUGAUGAUGAAUUAAAAAGCAACAUUAUGGAAUUUAUAAAUGCUCCAAUUGGGCAGCAUAGCAAUCUUGCUAUUGAAGCUCAUUCACAAGCAUAUUAUACAAGUCGCUUACUUGAUUUUACUAGUAAAAAAUUGAAUGAAAUUCUUGAAAGUGAAAAUUUGAAUGAUUGUGCGGUUAAAGAUUUGAGAAUAUUAGAUAUUAAAGCAGUUGAAAAUACUAGUGAAAACUUGAAUGAAAUUCUUGAAAGCGAAGAUUUACAAGCUAAUGAAGAAGUAAAUGAAAUGCUAGUAAGUGAAAAUUUGAAUGAUUAUAUGAUUAAAGACUUGAAGUCAUUAGAUGAAAAUUAACCAAUUAUAUGUGUUUUAAAAUGAUUUAUAGUCUUUUUUUAAGUGAUAUUUGAAUAUCAUGUAUUCAACAAAAAUUGCUCUUUAUUUUAUUCUUUUAAACACUAAGGCUAGAGUAGUAAAAUGUUUUACAAGUUUCUUAGUUUGUAAUUUAAAUAAUUCUUUUUUUUUUAGAUUAUGUAUUUAUAUUCAC